CACUCUGUCGCUGCCGUCGCUGUGACUGCUCUUCACGCUUCGUCCGGAACGAUGUCGGCUUCCAGAAUAGCUCUUGGAGCAGCGAUGCUGGCCCCGAUGGCAAGCCCUGGGUUUUCUCGCUCCAAUCUCCUUGCCACGUGGUACGUCCAACCCUGCUGGUACCAUCAGCUCAGCAACAACAGCAAUAUCAGCAGCUGCGGCAAGCAGCAGCAGCAGCAGACGAGCUCCUGGAACAGCAGUGAGCAUGAGCACAAGAAACGAACCCCAGCAGAAACAGCAGCUGAAGGCUUUGGAGAUGACCCCACGAAGAAAGCAGUUCUUCCGUAUGGUGUCAGAGGGCCUCAAAGUUGGUUUCGAGGGCGAGGACCUCUCCCGCGUGGAGAAUUUCGUCCGCUAUUGCAAAGGGGAGCUCGAGUACAAGGCGCUGGGCCCGCUCCAUCAGCCCAGCGAGGAAUAUGUAGAGGGCCUCCGAGCCAAGCCGUGGUGGGAACCUCAGGAGUUUGAGUGGAUAAGCGAAAUGGAGGAGAGGUCAAGCAUCGUCAUCGACGAGUUCAAGGCGUUCUGGAACGACCCUUUGUCGGGGUUUGCGAAAGACAGCGUCAACAUGAACAUCAUGGGCAAGGGUUGGAGCGGUGUCCGCCUUCAGCGCCUUGGCGAGUGGAUACCGGAGAACUGCGAAAAGUUUCCCAAGACCGUCAAGCUCCUUAAGGAGCUGAAGAUUCCCCUGGCGGUGCGCGGAGUAAUGUUCGCGCGGCAGGUGCCCGGGAGCGGGGUGUCCCCGCACACGGACGGAAGAAAUUUCAUUUUGACUACACAUCUCGGGGUAGACGUACCGGAGGAUUGCUGGAUACGGGUUGGGGAGGAGAAAAGGAGUUGGGAGAACGGCAAGGCGCUGAUCCUGGACACAAGCUUCGAACACGAGACCCGCAACGACUCUCGGCGCGACAGAAUCGUCCUGAUCAUCGACUACUGGCAUCCAGGCAUAUGCCACCUCACGAAGGCCGAGCAAGAAGCCCUGGCGUUCGUGUAUGACCUCCGAAACAAGUUCGAGUCCGGAGAGAUACCGCUAGAGGAGCCGGAAGAGAAGGGCUUGUUCGGGGCUUUCAAGCGGGCAUUCCAACAGUAGACUGGACGCACACAGGAGGGCAUCAAAUGUUUGUAGUGUGGAUCGGUGGCGUUGUUGCUGAUUUGUGUGUCGAUGUCCUCCGGGGAACGCUGCACGAGUUUGACCAGGUCUACACUGCUAUUGGCGGAGAUCAAGUGUCUCCUCUCAAGGGCCGACGCUGGUUGCCUUCGUGGCAGGCGAAAACAACCGGCGUUCCCUCUAGUUUAGUUUGAAAGCUUGUUGAUGCCGUACAGUCGUGGUCCCGGUUUAGCGGUUAGUUACCUCUCUGUUAAGCGGGAUGCCCCGAAUAGUGGUUCCAAAAUCUCGUGGCGAGUCUGCACAUCGGUAGUCAAAACUACAAUAUAACUGCCAAUCCGGUUUAGCGGCGAUGCCCUUAAUAGCGGUUAAAACAUUUUGUGACACGAUGGACCGUUGAACCGGGACCACGAGUGUAAACGCAACAACUGAAGUUGGACAGGUCCUUUGGUGCGCGAAGAAGGUCGCUACCAUCAGCUAGGUGGCUAGAUGCAUCACGGUUGAGCAGUUCAGGUGGUUAACAUGCUAGUGACCCACGGCGGUUGGAUGACCUUUGGGACGAGAUGCGAUAAUG